GCGCAAGUACAAUGGAUAGUCCAAAGUUGUUCCAGGACGAGCUAUGGUCGCUGAUGCAGGAAAGUGAUAUGGGACCUCAGUUUCGGUUGGAGGAAAUGGAAGACUCCGACAUUAAUGAUGAUGGUCUUCUAGAUUUCUCGGAAGAAGCUUCAUCCAGCAGCACUGAAUUCGCCGACAGCAAACUUUGGUCUGGUACCCAAGUGGACAACACUCUUAAAACCAUCGAUACCUCAAAUAUCAAGGACGAACGCAGACAUCUUACUCCAGUAUGCUCUCCGAAUUGGAGCUCGUUGGGCAAGCGAGACCGCAGUCAAGAACUCAAAGUUCCAGGGAAGCUGUCAUCUAAGGACAAAGCGCCCGCGAAAGAGUCCAAAUGGGCUUUGCAGCUGCUCAACAAUUGUGUUCAGGCAAUUGCAACCAACAACGUACAACGGACACAGCAUUUGAUGUGGGUGCUCAACGAUCUGGGAUGUCUCACUGGUGACGCGAACCAGAGGCUGGCAGCUUACGGUCUCAAGGCUCUGUUCGGGAAAAUCGCAGGGACUCCAACCGCCGCUCAAGCAUAUCAUCACAACUUGGACGCAAGUGCCACUGCCAAGAACUUCCACAACGCUCUGCUCAAGUUCCACGAUCUAAGUCCGUGGUACCAGGUGGUCUACACGGCGACAAGUGGAGUGCUACUGGAUGCAUUCGAAGGGAAGGACGCGAUACAUGUCAUCGACAUCGGACACUCUCAGGGGACUCAGUGGCCUACAUUGAUCGAAGGUCUUGCGACGAGACCGUCGGGGCCUCCGAGCGUUUUCAAGCUCACCGUCGUCGAAGAUCCUUGCUCGGGGCUCGGCUCUGGCUCCGAGGUGAAAAGCAGGCUGGAAAGGUUCGCGAAGGUGAUGGGACUCAACAUGGAGCUGCGGAUGCUCGCUACACCGCUGCAUUCUCUCACUCGGGACGCGUUCGCGAUCGCCAAGCCCGACGCCCUGGCGGUUUGUGCUCACUUCCGGCUCAACCACAUCGACAGCAGCCAGAGACAAGAGUUUCUAAACUUUGUCCGCGUGGAGCUGGAGCCCGACCUGGUGAUCGUUGGCGAGAACGACUCGGACAACACGUCCGCCGACUUCUCCACUGUUGCUGGCGAGGUGAUUGGCCACUUUUGGAGCUUCCUCGACUCGAUGAGCGGGGCUUUCAAAGGACACGAGUGCGAGGAGCGGCAGAUCAUGGAGCACUUGUUCUCCACGUCCGUGGUGGCGAGGCUGGCCAGCGGCAUGGAGCUGAGCGAGAGCCGCGAGAGCUGGAACGCGAGGAUGAGGAGUGCCGGAUUCGAGGCCGAGGCUCCGCACGACGAGAUCGUCGAGACCGCCCGGAUGCUGGUGAAGAAGAACGACGUGAACUGGGAGCUUCGGAACGAGGAUAAUUGCUUGGUUUUGCUGUGGAAGCACCGGCCGGUUACCUUCUGCUCGGUGUGGAAAUCGUAGAGUUUGUUUUUGUUUUAUCAUAAGAAAAACAAAAGAGAGAGUGACGCUACAAAGAUGAUAAGAUCAGCCUUGCCAAGAUUUGGAUCUAGAAUAUUAUAUUAGCAAAGACGAGCACUGAGAAGGAGCUAAGAAGCAUCAUAAAACGAUGGGAUUGUGUCAUGGUGCUUAAUAACCACUUUCAUAUACAUUUGUUUGAGAUGCGAUGGACUUAUCCAGCGAAUAUCCUCACCGCCUGCCCAAAAUCGGCAUCUCCCAGGCCUUUGCUUGGAUGU